AUGGACAUCGCCUUCCCGUAUACGCGAUACGCGUGCCUGUGCAGCGACACGACCUCCGCGACGCCCACGUCUCUCGCCAACAAGCGUAUAUCACAGCAGACUGACGCCGAACUCGAUGAACGAGAGGCAUUCGAUCCACACGAUCUGCGCUCCAAUUACUCCCUCUAUCCUCUAGAUCAGCUCCUCUUCUGCGAGGACUGCAAUCACAUACGAUGUUCCAAAUGCUGGUCAGAGGAGAUGCUGUACUGGUAUUGCCCGAGUUGUUUGUUCGACGUACCCAGCAGUAUGGUGAAGGGCGAUGGUAACAGAUGUACACGACAUUGCUACGAUUGUCCGAUUUGCGCAGCCAAUCUUGCCGUCACUGCUGUGAGUCGACCAUCUGACAGUCACCUCCGACCGACCGAUGUGAGCUCGACAGACUCCUACAUCCUCCAAUGCCAAUACUGCGAAUGGUCCUCGAUCGACAUCGGUGUGAGAUUCAAUAAGCCCACCAAAAUCACCGAACAGCUGAACAAGAUCUGGAAGCAGAGGCAUGGGUUGGUUGAAGAUGGCGCAUCAGCGGAAGAGAAGAAACAGCAGCGGGGAACGGAAAGGUUGCAGCACGAUCUUGCAUUUGCGAAUCUGUCUAAGUUCUACAAGGAACAGCUCAGCGAGUCCGGCGAUUCAAACAAUCCGUACUCCAGCAGUCCUUACGGUUCGCCAGCAAACCUGGCUCGAAUCAUGAGUCUGUACGGAGGACUGUCAUACAACGCACUGAAGAAGAGUCGUGAGAAGCCACAGCCGAUGCGUGAAGCUGGAGGGCGACCAGAGGGGUUGUCGUCGUAUGUGGAAGACAGUUUGUCGGCUGAGGACGAAGCAAUAUCAAAGAUGAAGGAACUCGGGUUGGAGUCAACCUCAACACCACAGCAGAAGCUCGCAUCGCCAUCAAACUACGACGCGCGAUUCGUCGAUCAGCUAUGGCCAGUGGCUACACCUCUACGAGUGCGCAGAGGUAGACGUUGCAGAACGUGCCGUCAGUUUGUUGCUCGGCCGGAAGGAAAGGUUGGAAGCACGCGCUACAAAAUCAAAUUGCUGGCAGCAACAUACGUUCAACGCCUCUCCAUACGACCUCUACAAUCUGCAGAGAUUCUUCCGAACCCAUCUUUCCGACUACGACCCGAGGCACCGGAAGAGAUCAAGCUCCAGCCUUACCAGACGCAGCACUACAUCCUGACGAUUCGCAAUCCUUUGUUCGAGAGUGUCAAGGUGACGCUGUCAACGCCUAGCACGACUCCCGGCAAGGUCUCGUCAAAAGUCACGAUUCUCUGCCCGUCUUUCACUGUCGGGCCUGAUCGUGAGAACAUGUGGGACGAGGCCCUCUCUGGCUCUACACCUGAUAUUGGCGUGGCUACCGAUGGUAGUCGACGAGCAGCCAUGGCUUCACUCACAGGGUCCGGUGACACUGAUCGACAGCCGGAAGCAGGCAAGAUAUGGGAACGAAGCCGUAACUUGACGUCGGUCAUAUUGGAGGUCGUUCCGGGGUCGUUGACACAGGGCCGGAGCAGCAUAGUGCCGCUCUCGGCGGAGGAGCAGUCUGCAGAGGAGGAGAGGUUGAGAGAAGACGAUGACUUGCUUGAGAUACCCAUAUUUGUGAGAGCCGAGUGGGAGGCGGAGGUCGGACACGGGUCUGAUCAUGCGCCAGCUGGUGAAAAGAAGCAGCGGGAGAGCAAGGAGCUGGCGUAUUGGUGCGUGCUGGGUGUUGGGAGAAUCGCGAGUUGA